CAAAAACAAAAUAGCCAACAAUGGGAGUUUACACAUUUGUCUGCCGACAAUCAGAUGGCGAUUGGUCAGCCAAGCAGCUCUCUGGUGACUUUUAGGCCUCUGCUGUUGUGCCCUUCGAGCUCCAGAGGAAGCUCAUCAAUCUCACUGCCUCCUCUGACUCCUCCGUUGGCGUUCAGUCCUCUUUUUCUUACAUUAUCCCUUCUUUUGUAAUUUUUUAAGUGAUCAUCGGUGGUGGUGGUGGUGGUGGUGGUGGUGGAGCAGCUCCACCAGGAGGCUCAGCAGCUGUAGUUGAAGCACCUGCUACUGAGGAAAACAAGAAAGAAGAGCCAGCUGAGGAGAGUGAUGAUGAUAUUGGAUUCUCUCUCUUUGAUUAGAGUGUAUAAUUUAUGCCAAUUCAUUACUCUCAUCUUGUUCUUCUUUUGAGUUUGGUCUUCAGUUCUUUUUGUUUUUUGUUUUGUUUUACUUUAUUUUGCUGGACUUGGUGAAUAAAAUUAGACUUAGAUUUUAGAUUAGAAAAAGUUCAUAUUAUUAUAUAUUAUAAAAAAAUGGAAAAAAAACAAAAAUCUUCAUUGCAUAUGUAUAAAAAUAACAAUCCCCAUCCACAUGAUCUCACCCCUCUCCUUUCAAACCCCAAACCCUCACCAUCACUUCUCAGCGGCCAUGAUUCCGACCACUACCAUCACCGCAUUCUCACCAUUUGAGGGUUUUUCUUUUUUCCUUUUGUGUGUUUUUAAAAUUUUUGAUAAUUUUUUAUAAAGAACAAAAUCAACGUGGAACAUUGUUGGCAUGCUUACUCGCACAACCGGCUGCCACAUAAGCUGUUGGGUACCAUCGGAUCGGAUGAGACAUAAAUAAUAAAAGUGGUACCAAAAUAAUAAGUCGAAGAUUUGGUACCAAUUGUAAGUAAGUGGUAAGAAUUGGUACUAAGGAGUCAAUUUACCCUUUCAUGCACGCACAAGAAAUUCUUGAAUUCUGAUCUCACCCUCAAGUCUCAACUCGAAGAUAAACGAUCAUGGCCUCGCUUCCGUACGCCGAUGUUGACUUCACCAUUCGAGCAAUGGCCGGCAGAGCCGAGGGGUUUGGUCGGUUGGCCAUUGGUGGGUUACAUGGUCCGGUUUAUUCUGUCACCACUCUGGCUGAUGAUGGCCCUGGAUCACUCCGUGAUGGUUGCAGGAGAAGAGAACCACUAUGGAUUGUUUUUGAGGUUUCAGGUACUAUUCAUCUUAACUCAUACUUGAGUGUAUCGUCUUAUAAGACAAUAGAUGGUAGAGGCCAAAGAAUAAAGUUCACUGGCAAGGGCUUAAGACUAAAAGAAUGUGAGCAUAUUAUCAUCUGCAAUCUUGAGUUUGAAAGUGGAAGAGGACAUGAUGUUGAUGGCAUUCAGAUAAAACCAAAUUCUAAGCACAUUUGGAUAGAUCGCUGCAGCCUCCGUGACUAUGAUGAUGGACUUAUUGAUAUCACAAGACAAAGCACCGAUAUUACUGUUUCUAGAUGUUUCUUCACUCAGCAUGAUAAGACAAUGCUUAUUGGAGCAGACCCCUCUCAUGUUGGCGACAGAUGCAUCCGGGUGACCAUUCAUCAUUGUUUCUUUGAUGGAACGCGGCAAAGGCAUCCCCGUCUUAGAUUUGGAAAAGUUCAUCUGUACAAUAAUUACACAAGAAAUUGGGGAAUCUAUGCUGUUUGUGCAAGUGUUGAAUCCCAGAUUUAUUCUCAAUGCAAUAUAUAUGAAGCAGGAGAGAAGAAAAAAACCUUUGAAUAUUAUACAGAGAAGGCAGCAGACAAGGAAGAGACCAAGUCUGGCUUAGUAAGAUCUGAAGGAGAUGCAUUCCUUAAUGGAGCUCAACCAUGCUUCUUAACUGGCAAUGGUGAAGAAUGCGUGUUCCACCCAAGUGAAUAUUAUCAAACAUGGACAAUGGAAGCUCCCUCAGAUUCCUUGAAAGAAGUUAUCUGAAUCUGCGCAGGUUGGCAAGCAAUUCCUAGACCAGAAGAUACGAUGGUUUAACUUCAGUCCUGUACACUACAUUUGAACCUUGGCAAUAAGGAAGAGAAAUUGGGAUUGCAAAAUCGUGAUAAAUGUCUUUUGGCAGCACCAUUUGACUGCCCAUUCUUGCCUUAUCAAGCUAACAGCAACAUUGCUUAUAAAGCUUCUUUUGGUUCAUGGAGCAAGUAAGUAUUUAUAAGCCAUUCCAUAGCUAAUCAGGAAUGUAUGAAAAUUUUUGAGAACUGAUAUUUUCUUUGAGUUUGUACAGCACAAAUUUAUAAAAUAAGCAAAAGUUUUUUAUGCAAA